AUGGCUUCGGGACAAGGCCUUGCCUCAUACACACGCCCUACCUCCACCAGGGCUCCAUUCCGGGGGCUUUUCUGUCUUUUAACCUGCUUAUUAUAUUGGAAGAAUGUGCAAUGUGCGUAUGAAAAUGAUCCGAACUCUUCCCACACAUGGGCUCAACUGAUGCAAGAAUCGGAUCACCUGCACGAUUUCGACCAUUUCGCUACUCGUCCGUUCACCUUGCCGGGAUCACAAACCUUCGUAAUCGUCAAUUCUAAGCGGCCACGGGAAAGCGAAAUGAUGCAAGAAUCGGACUACCUGCACGAUUUCAAACGUUUCGCCACUGGUCCUGGAUUCACAUUGCCAGAAUCACCACCCUUUGAAAUCUUCAAUUCUCAACGGCCACAGGAAAGCGACGAACAAUUGAUCUUUGAAGCAAUCCGAAGUUUGAGACUAAAAAGCGGUUCUAGAUUAAUUGGUAACGAAAGGAAAGACGAAUACAAGAUGCUCAAGAUAGAGGAGGGGCAAGUCUCCCGCUUUCUUUCUCAAUUGGUAAACGAAAAGGGAAACAAGAUCUCCCUUAAUCAAAUUGGUAAGGCCAGGCUACCAGAUGUUUCAAAAGAACAGUAUCUCCUGGAUCUGAAAAAUAGAAGGCGAAGCGUUGUGCAAAAGUUCAUUGUGCAAGCCAACCGUCAUGACCAUAUUUAUCCAUUGCGGUCGCUCUACACUGAUCGUGUCGACGAGAUCAAAGGUUCUAUGGACAGCCUUCAAGCAGAAAUCAGGAGCAUACACCCUCCACCAGUGGCAGAAUAUUUAGAGGCCGACUUACAACGCAUCAUGAAGACACUACCUAUCUAUUUUUUCCAUGUAGAUUUGAUCAACACACUCAUUCCAGCUCAAGGUGUGGAAACAUUCAAGUCACAGAGGCAAGCAGCAUGGCAACAGUUUUACGAGCACGUUCAGGGACUUAUCAAAAAUCCAAGCGUGGCAAGUGAUAGAACUCGUAAAGUGGGCACACCAGUGUUAUACAAAUUAAAUCUGGAUAUAACCGACAGCAUUGCUCCCUUUUAUUGGACCAUCUUAGGAAAAUGGAUUGGUUCCUCAAGAACUUCAUUAGCACGUUCGGCAUAUACUUGCUACAAUACCCGAUAUUUAAAUCAUGAUUUCAAGUACCUCAUUAACGAAAUCUUUGCUUGUUACGUAGAAAAAUUUGAUCAGAUGCCCAUUGGUCUCAGUUGA